AUCAUAAUACGGUCACUUAAAUCAACUCGAAGAAAAAACUUAAAAUUAGAUCCAGUUUUGAUUGAAAACCUAUUUUUGCAGCAUUAUUAUAACUUUAAAAUAAAAAAUUUUCAAAUUUAUUCUAAAUCGAAUAAUAAAGCAAAAAAAAUGCAAUCUUUGAAUUCAAAUAUUGAUAAAGCAAAAAACUUUUUCGAGGAGAGUGGGAUCUUAGGACCAACCAACUUUAAAGAUUCUAGUGAUUUGAUUCGGAAAACAUCAACCAUUCACCUUGAUACGAGUCUAAAAAAUCAGAUCAGAAAAACUUCUUCAUGUCUGCGAUAUAGGGCAUUUAAUGAAAAAAAUACAUUGAAUAGUUACGACGAUUCACUUAUUAAUCUUCAAAACGAAAUCUAUAACAUGAGAGAUAUCUUAGUCCACGGCGAGACAAAAAUUGUAAUUCUGCGUACUGAAAUUGGCAAACUAAAGCAAGCACUUCAAGCGAUAAUGCAUGUCCAGAUACAAGCCCGAAACUACUCUGAUGAGAUAAUCAUGAAAAUAAAGCAUCCGAUGACGAGUCUGUGUUUAUUUUGCCAGCCCAUAAAAGGAUCACCGAACAGCAGCUCAACUCUUGUCAAUAGAAACAAAAAUAAUAACCCGAAUAACAAAUUUGUAGGUGAAGAUUUUAAUGGCAAAUAAAAGUAUUUUUAUAUUUCAUACUGGA